UGCAAAACCUGUUUGGGAGGUUGCACAGAGUGAGACUAUAAAAUGCCUGACGUGCAAAAUGCUUGGAGAAAGGGACAAUAACUCUGGUUCACCUGUUUCACUCCCGCGCAUCAGUACAUACCAUAAUCAUGCAGCACUGGAUGUUCUCUGUCUUAUUUUUAUGCUUUGUGUUCUGUGACGUCUCUACUCAAAGGAAAAAAAAGACAGUCCAAACUCUUUCAAGAGGCUGGGGCGAUGACAUCACCUGGGUUCAGACGUAUGAGGAGGGACUGAAUAAAGCGCAUAAGAGUAAGAAGCCACUGAUGAUCAUUCAUCAUUUGGAGGAUUGUCAGUACAGUAAAGCUCUGAAAAAGGCCUUUUCUGAACAUGCAGCUAUUCAAAGGCUGGCCAAAUCAGAUUUCAUCAUGCUCAAUUUAGUGCAUGAAACCACCGAUAAAAACUUGGCCCCUGACGGCUUCUAUGUCCCCAGGAUCAUGUUUGUUGAUCCCUCACUGACUGUGCGAGCUGAUAUCACUGGAAAGUACGCCAACCGAAUGUACACGUACGAGUCAGAAGACAUAGACUUCUUGAAAGAGAACAUGAUGAAAGCCAAGAUCCUGCUUCCAAAAGAGCACGAGGAACAUGAUGAUCUGUGAUGGAUAGAUAACAGCUCACCUCUUCCAAGACUUGCACACAGGACUUUCUUUGUGCAACUAGCAAUAUUCAACUCUGAGUUUGUUAGUGUUACUGUUUCUGUGUUCAUUCACCGUAAUGAUGUAAAUGUAUUAAAGAGGAGGAAUAUA